GACACCAACAGGGCAUAGGCCUAAAUUUAAUGUAAUUCUACAGAAAACAUGCACUGCACUCUAUUUGAAUAUAAAUAUGAAUACCUGACAACCCAUUCGUGCUCCAAACGGGAAUUAAUGAUUUCCCCUUAGCUCUGUUUGGGGAUUAGCAUUCAGGGAGGGAGGGUGAGUGCACGUUAAAAGGGCAACGUGACUCCUUGAGCCUUCCAACCAGUGUUUAAUCAAGCAUGCAUGUUGGGCACAAAGUCGUGGCGGAUUGCUAGUCAAGUGGAUCAGUCGGAUUUCUCGUCUUUCUUGUUGUUUUACUUUACUUUUAUAUACACUCAAGUGUUUUUUUUUUUAGUUUUAAAGAGCAUUUUGUGUCGUCUGUUUGAUCAAGGCAAGGCAGAUAAUAGGCUGAUUGGGAAAAGCUUCUUUGGUUUACCUUAGCCGUCCCUCCGGUAUUAUUGGCCUCGCAAGACUAUUAUUACGCACCUGUGAUGUGGGUUGUCCAUCGGAACAGACAUUGGAUACGGGACAUUUGACACCCUGUAGCUGAUCGUAAUGAACUUUCAAGCAUUUACAGAGACACAGGCACUGAUCGUACUUAUUUGAAGACUACUAUACGGGCGGAAAAACUGACCUGUCGAUCGAUUCCGAUGUUUUUUUGAAUGAGGACAUAGACAUUUUCUUUAACUAGUCCCAAAUGGACAGUCUGAAUGGAUAUCAUGUUUCGGACGAUUUUCUCAACAGCAACUCCAACAGCAGCAGCAGCAGCAGCAAAGACACAUCACAAAGGUCUGCCUGUAUUUCAAACAGCGAAGACCAUUCGACGUCCUACAAAAUCCCCACCGAGAAAUCACCUGUUUGUCAGGGUUGAUCCCUAUGGGUUUGAGAGGCCUGAGAGCUUCAACUAUGAGUCCCACGAAGAGAUGAUGUCUGAGUAUCUGGCUGUGCUUCAAAGAAGAUCUGUGAAGUGGUCCAAACUUUUGCAGGGAAAUGUGAAAGUGGAGAAGAAUUUAAAAGUGAAGCGCUAUGUGCGGAAAGGAGUACCUAAGGAGCACCGCGCUCAGAUCUGGAUGGCAGCUAGUGGUGCUCAGGAGCAGUUGGAGAAGCACCCAGGGUACUACCACUCUCUCCUGGAGCAGAAGCACGAUGCUAAGCUGGAGGAGACCAUUCGCUUAGAUAUGCACAGGACCUUCCCGGACAAUGUCCUUUUCAGAAGUUCCUCUGAUUCUGGCCUACAGACGUCCCUGUACAAUGUGCUCCUAGCUUAUGGACACCACAACAAAGACGUGGGAUACUGCCAGGGCAUGAAUUUUAUUGCAGGCUAUCUGAUCAUCAUUACAAAAGAUGAGGAGAAGUCCUUUUGGCUGAUGGACGCCUUACUGGGCAGGAUAUUACCAGACUACUACACGGUGGCCAUGUUGGGUCUGAAGACGGACCAGGAGGUGCUGGGUGAGCUGGUGAAGGUGAAGGUGCCGGCUGUGUGGCACCUGAUGCAGCAGCACAACGUCAUGUGGACCCUGGUGGUGUCCCGCUGGUUUAUCUGCCUCUUCAUCGACAUCCUACCAGUGGAGACAGUGUUGAGGAUCUGGGACUGUUUGUUCUACGAGGGUUCUAAGAUCCUAUUCCGCGUGGCCCUCACGCUGAUCCGACACCACCAGACACUCCUGCUGCAGGCACAGAACCUUCCAGAUGUCUGUGAGCGCUUCAAACAGAUCACCCAUGGGGAGUUCGUAGAGGACUGCCACUCUUUCACGCAGAAAAUCUUUUUGGAGCCGGGAAGUUUGUCCAUGGCGACUAUAAGGAAACUCCGUCAGACAUGCCGAGAUCGCAUAGUGGCUGAGGAGGCCGCCCUGCGGCCGUGAGAUCAGGUCCUCCUCUACGCCUGCACACACAUUCCUCACGUGUCCUGGUAAUGACCCAGAGACAGGGCCUCCCAAUGACCAUUCUCUGCACUGCCUUCUGGUGUCUGUGUACUGGUCUGGAAAUGGCAUAUAAAUUCUAAUGCAAUAGAAAAGAUGUCAUUCCGCAUUAAAGUAAUUUUUGUGAAAGAAUGAAAUUAACUCAGGCGUCCCCAAUUUGUUUAAUCAGUUUUAUUUCCAAACUGUUAAACAGCUUACAGAAAAAAGAUGAUUGUGUUGUGAAGACCAUUUAUGCUGUAAUGUCUCAUUUCUACCAAUGUUCUAUAUGAAGGUUAAGUGCUUUUGUACUGUUUUGACUUGCUGUAUGUAUGUAUAUACGAAUGUAGUGAGUAUGACUGCCAGAAAUGAAAAACACUUUUGACCA